ACGUGACAAAAAAAUGCAGAGAAUGUAGACGGGCUCUGAUAGAGCGCAUACAUAGGCGGAGCUCGGAUGCAUCGGCGCCAAUCAGAGCUUCAGAGCUAAAGCGGGGCAACAGAUUAGCUGUCCAUAAAGAACCCGCGUAUCUAACAGUAGUUCCGCAUUACAUUAAUUAUUUUGCACGCAAGUUUUUUUAUUUUCAUACCGUGUAUUCUCCGUUUAAAUUCAUGCACCGAACCGUGACCCCCGUACCGAUUCGGUUCGAAACGAAUACAUGUAUUGUUCCACCCCUAGUUCCCACGGGUCCUUGAAAUCCUUGAAAGUUUGUGAAUCUGGGGGAAACAAUUCAAGGCACUGAGAAGUUUUUGAAAAUAUACAUACAUAAAUACAGGUCAUUGAAAGUGCUUGAAGGAAGUUUUCUGGUUAAAAAAAAUCCAUAUUAUUCCCUGUGUAGUGUUAGCCUGGCUCCGCCCUCCUACGUGCUUCCGCUUAAUUUUCAUUUCGCUUCAGUACUACGUCGGGGACUGCUAUGUAGAGUUUCAUUUUCUCCUGCAAAAAUCUGCAGGUCCAAUCAGCGAACAGAGGGGUGUGGCUAAGAACGAUGACGUUGGGGUUGUGCGUCAGUUUGAGUUGUAGUUCAGUAAUGGCAGCGGAGAAAGAUGUGAGAAAAGCUAUUCGGCCCGUAGUUGCAAAACUGCCGAAUAUACAGAAGUUAAAGCCGGAGCAAGAACCAUGUUUGCUAAGUUUUGUUGGUCUGAUUAUUCGGACUUGUUGUUUUCGGCGCAUGAUAUACGUCACGACCACACGUUAGCAGUUCCUGAGCAGAUCCAAUAGUUUUAAACUUUAACAGAGGACCCUCCUUAAUGGAAGUAACGCUUUGCAAUGGAGCGUGGUCAGACUCUCUGUACAAAUGAAAUGACACCCUGUCACCCUGUCUUUGUCAUUAAGCCUCGCCAUUAGUUGAAUUUGAUAUACAUAUUCAGACGCAUUUACCCCUGGAGGCAUCCCCAAAGUGUCACCGCAGUGCGAGUUCCCUCGAAAGGGAACUGUAACAAUGUAUCUUAAAAGGUAACAUGAUGUAACCUUGCUCUCGCUUGAAAUGUGUCCCCACAUUUAGUCCUUGAAUUUGAGGGUAUUGGACCUGGAAAGUCCAUUUGAAGUUAAAUUUGACGUUAACUAAGGUGUGGGAACCCUGGUCUUUAUAAGUCUAGUUUUAUGUAAGGAACAGUAAAAACCAAUUACCAUUAUUAACUGAUAACUGUCUUCCUCAUCAAUACAUCUUUUGUGUGUGUUUUUAUUUUUAGAAAAAAUACAGGGUUGGAACAACAUGAGGUUGUAAACACAAAAUUCCAAAAUAAACUUUUAAAAUGUUUAUCUUUAGAUUUAAAUGUCUUAGGUGGUAUUGCAAGUUUCCUGCCUAUGAUGUCAUUAUCACUCCCCCUGUAGAGAAUUACAAGACCUUAUGCUGUAGUUUACCACAAAUGCAUGGACGACAUGAUACCGGAACAAGAAAAAAAUGCAUAAAAACUCAUAAAGCUACAUUCACUGCACCUGUUCACUACUUUAUAUCUUUCUUUAUAUGUCAGCGUUAAAGGAAAGAAUCAGGGUAGUGAGUGAAUGAGUGAUUGAGAGACAGCGUCUGUGUGUGACUGUGUGUGUGUGUGUGGGAGGUGGAAGAUAAACCACGCUGAAGGACCUUUUACAAAACUGUUCUGCAGCCAGUCUUCUCAAGACAAACCAAUCUUCGUCUUGACACCAUCACACACGACUCUGAGCCUUGCAGAUAUGAGCGGCAACAGAUAUGGCCAUUCAUCUCCUCCAAUGUUCCUGGUGGAUUCCGGUGGAGGUCAUCCUGGAGAACAUCAGUAUUAUCAUCAGCAGGUGCUUGGACAGGGAAAUCCACCCCUGGUGCCCUGCUGGACGUUCCCUCCUGCUCGAGCCAAGAUGAAGAAAAGGGGAACCAUGAACAAUGGGAUGACCUGGGUAUUGAUUAUGAUACUUCUGUUGGUUUUUGCGGCCCUGGGGCUCGGAGCCUACCAGAUCCUGAGGUUACAGAAUCAAGUGGAGCGGCUUACACAGGAAAUGCCUGCAGAAGUUGAAAGCAUCACCUCACAGAAGCAAGUUGGCCUACCUGCUGAGUUGAUCAAGAUGAAACAAAUAAGAGCAGAUUUUAUCGGUGCACAUUUAAUCGGCCAUGCAGACCAGCGCUCAUCAUCCGGAACUCUGAAUUGGGAAACUCAACUUGGUACGGCGUUCAUAAAUGGCAUCCAGUACCACAACGGCGGUUUUCAAAUCAAUGAGACUGGUUACUACUUUGUUUACUCCCGUGUGGAGUUUUUGAUAUACACAUGCAGCCACAAAGACUCUCACACCCACAGGGUUAGUGUGCUAAGACGCGGGGAAAAUCGAACCAUCAUGGAGGACCACCAAGAGGGCUUCUGUAAGUCGUCGAACAAUCAGAAAUGGAUGACAGGAAGUCAUCUGAGCUCCCUUCAACGUUUCCAGGAGUCAGACUGGCUAUUCGUUAAUGUUUCACACCCACUAUUUCUCAGCAAAAAUUUUCAGAAUAAUUUUUUUGGCCUUUUUAAGAUCUAAUAAUGCUUGGGAAGAACUUGGGACCUGUUUGCUUGCCAUUGUCAAAUCAUAUUUGAUUUCGAUCAGAAUGUAUCUGUUGCCUGUGUGCAAAAUGUUCUUGUUUUGUAAAAAAAGCAGAAAAGUUUUGCAAAAGAGAUUUAAGAUUGAACAAACACUAAUAUGCUGCUGUAUCAGGAUGGUUAAAUGUAGGUAUUUAUUUCUUUAAAGACUAAAUUUGUAUACUGUUGACUGUAUACUAAUGUGAAUAAUGAAUAAUGGUCACAUUGACUGAUGAUAGUUAAGUAAUAUUAAUAGAUGGAUAAAUGUUUAAUUAAUUGAAUGUUAUUGAUAAUAAAACUGAAACUGAACAA